AUGAUCUCAUCACCACCAAAGAUCUCCAGGAUGCUCGGCAAGCGUCGUGCCAUUGCGCGUGCAGUAAACAAGGAGUUCUCUCUCAACUUUAUCCACAAGAUCUUUGGGAGCACGAAGUACAUUAUUACAUCGUCCGCUUUCGAGCGCACUUUUGAACGUUCCGUUAGUGCCGCGACCCUAGUCACUGUCUUUGGAGGUCGUAUGGACCACCUCCAUAGCUUCCUUCAUCAUGAGCGACUUCCAGAGGGCUGGGAGUCGCGCAUUCGCCAACCUCAUGGAUUGACUCUGACGACAUUCAACAAGACCAUACUACGAGUUGAGCUUGGUGUGUGCGAGCAGGAUUGGGCAGAGGCCGCACGGGAGGCUGUUGAACGUCAUACUGCUCCUACUUAA